GUUGUUUCGAUCGGUAUUAAAGGAACACGGUAGCUCGCGUAGUCGGCCGAGAGACUGAGCUUCGAGAGGAUCGAGAAACAGUAGAGAGGGAAGAACAGACGUUUCAAGUGCAUAGGAAAGAUUUUGAACCGUGUAUUGCUAGAGUUAACAAAGAAGUUGCAAAAUGUUUCACGUAAGAAAAUUGACGAGAUCAUCAGUUACCUUGAAACAAGUGCCGAGUAAUAAUGACAUUGUUCAUAAUACAUUGAUACGUAUCGUGCCGGCGUUUCAAGUACGUGGUUACGCUGAACAUCAGAUACCUGAACGAUUGAAGGAUGUCCCUACAGAUUCUAACCCAAAGUUCUUUGACAUGGUUGAGUACUUCUUUCAUCGAGCCUGCCAGAUCAUUGAAGGCAAACUGGUCGAGGAUAUCGGCAAACGUACCAGGGUGACCGUCGAGGAAAGGAAGAAAAAAGUUAAGGGUAUUCUGAUGCUCAUGGAAUCAUGUGACCAUAUUCUCGAGACUUCAUUCCCCCUGAGACGCGAUUCUGGCGAUUAUGAAAUGAUCACUGGAUACCGCGCACAACAUUCGACCCAUAGAAUACCUUGCAAAGGAGGUAUCCGUUUCUCGAUGGACGUAUCGCGAGACGAGGUGAAGGCUUUGUCUGCGCUAAUGACUUUCAAGUGCGCUUGUGUGGACGUUCCUUUCGGCGGAGCUAAAGCCGGGAUCAAGAUUAAUCCUAAAUUGUACUCCGAACACGAGCUCGAAAAGAUCACGAGGAGAUUCACGUUGGAACUCGCGAAGAAAGGAUUUAUUGGGCCGGGUGUCGACGUGCCUGCUCCUGACAUGGGAACUGGAGAACGAGAAAUGUCUUGGAUCGCUGACACUUACGCAAAAACCAUAGGGCAUUUAGAUAUCAAUGCUCACGCUUGUGUCACUGGUAAACCUAUCAAUCAAGGUGGAAUUCAUGGACGCAUAUCCGCGACUGGUCGUGGUGUAUUUCAUGGAUUGGAGAACUUUAUCAACGAAGCCAAUUAUAUGAGCAUAAUCGGCACUACACCCGGCUGGGGAGGAAAAACAUUCAUCGUGCAAGGUUUUGGUAACGUUGGUCUGCACUCGAUGCGUUACUUGCAUCGUGCUGGCGCUACCUGUAUAGGAGUAAUUGAACACGAUGGUGCUAUCUAUAAUGAGGAAGGCAUCGACCCUAAACUACUGGAAGACUACCGUAUUGAAAAUGGGACUAUCGUGGGCUUUCCUGGUGCUAAGCCAUACGAGGGUGAAAAUCUGAUGUACGAACCUUGUGAUAUAUUUAUACCCGCCGCUAUCGAGAAAGUUAUUAACAAAGACAAUGCUGGACGUAUUCAGGCUAAAAUUAUAGCCGAAGCUGCUAAUGGGCCAACCACCCCGGCUGCCGAUAAAAUUUUGAUCGAUAGAAAUAUUCUCGUCAUACCAGAUUUAUACAUGAACGCUGGUGGUGUUACGGUAUCUUUCUUCGAAUGGUUAAAGAAUUUGAAUCACGUGUCAUACGGUCGACUUACUUUCAAAUACGAAAGGGAAUCCAACUAUCACCUGUUGGAAUCUGUACAAGAGUCGCUAGAACGCAGGUUUGGCCGUGUCGGUGGCCGAAUUCCUGUUACACCUUCCGAAGCGUUCCAGAAACGUAUCUCCGGUGCUUCCGAAAAAGAUAUUGUUCAUUCUGGUUUGGACUAUACGAUGGAAAGAUCCGCUAGAGCUAUCAUGAAAACUGCAAUGAAAUUCAAUCUUGGCUUGGACUUGAGGACAGCAGCUUACGUUAAUUCGAUCGAAAAGAUAUUUACAACUUACUCCGAAGCAGGUCUCGCAUUUUAAGUAUGAAAUAUCAGAGUAUAAAGUAAAUUACAUAAAUCUAGGUCACUAAUGUGGCGACCGUAAGAAAUUAUGAGCCAGUAUUUUAAAAACUUUCACGAUCUCUCACAGCUGGUGCUGUCCAGUCACACUGACAAAAGACCAAAACUAGCAGUGAAAAUAUUUCGUGCACAACGUGAUAGGUUUCUCGAAUGCAUUGUAAUAGUUUGCCUAAUAAAUUCCUUCGCACGCACGUGUCCACGUAAAUACAGGUAUAUGUGCGUGUACGAGAAAGUGUAUUAAUCAGACACUGCUAUUCAAAGUGGUGUCUAAAACAAAAGUAUUCACAACUUUACUCUGCAAUACGAGUACGAAAUCGAUCGAUACAACGUUAGUGCAUUUUUAUAUUUCACUUGUUAUCCAAAUGUAUCUUAAUGUUUAAAUAGAUUCAUACAGGAGUCGUUAAGCCGAAUAAUUGUAAAGUAUAAUUACCUCGGACAGGCAAUUUCUCCGUAAUGUAUCUAUAAGAAACACUUUAAAAGAUGUCAUUUAUAACUGAGACUCAUUUCUAUUAAAUCAAGGAGGGCGAUGUCAUACAACAUUGUUAUACAUUUCAAGAGUAUAUCAAUAAAUAUGUGCUCUUAUUCAA